AUGGCGGACAACAGGUUCCGGAUGGAGAAGCUGACCGUGAAGCACAUGGACAAGAUCCAUCAGAUUUCCGGUGCUGUGGUCCUCGUGGACAACAGCAACAUCUUCAUUGAGGGGAAGAAGGUUGCCGGCAAGCAGGUGAAGAAGGAGCAGGACCCCAGUUGGCGCCUGGAGUACGGGAACCUUGUCGACAAGGUUUUGGAGAAGAGCACGCUUGCGCACUGUGCCAUCUUCGGCUCCGUUCCACCGCCCAGCGAUGAAGUCUGGCGGCGGGCGGAGGCUCGUGACCGCGUCACAGUCGACCUCACCGAGCGCUCGAGCCUCACCGGCAAGGAGGAGAAAGUGGACAUCCGCCUCGGGGCCCCAGUCUCCUAUGAGUUGGGCUUGACGGAUGCCUCAAAGUUGAAGAAACUAGGGAGGCGCUAUGUCAUUAUCGGCGGCGACUCGGACUACAGCCAGGUAGUAAGGCUUGCCGUUGAGGCUGGCAUCCGAGUCGAUGUCUACAGCUGGAGUUCCUCUUUGCACCUUACAUAUCGGGCAUUGGAAAUGGCUCAUCGCCCCUUGGUGAAGGUCCACCUUCUUGAUUCCAUCAUCAAAGACAUCAGCUUCCGGGAGGAGCUGACAGACGCGGAGAAGCUCCAGCGCGCAAGGUCCAGGCCUAACCAGACCUUGGUUUUCAUGCCAUCAGAUGAGAUCACUGCGCGAGAGUUGCGUGAGGGGCUUCGUAGCUUCCACUACCACGAAAUGCAGGUGCCCUCCAAUCUUCUCUUUGACCCUGAGCUUCAGGGUGGCAUGGACAAGGUGUUGCUGACCUUCUAUUACAUCAUGCACCCGAAGACUAUCAAGAAGCUGGCGGAGGAAGCCGUGGAGGCCUUGAACCUGGACCCAAAGCAGGUGAAGAAGUUCUGGCAGGUCUUCCCAUCCGAUGGGGAUCAGGAGAGAGCCGCUGCUGCACCGGAGGCCGACGAUGAGGGAGAGUGGAACCUGGUCAUCGAGGCCAAAGCACAGCGGAAGAAGAAGCGCAGAGAACAACAGCUCCAGCAACAGACCAAGCGGACCGUUGCUCUGAGCACACGGAGGUGCGGACAUCGUGAGUUCUGUCAGAAUGCCGCUUCCUUCUAUGCGAAGGGUGAGGGGGACGGCUGUGGGUACAGGCAUACGAACGGUGAGCAAGCCUUCUUCAAGAAGCACAAGCAAGCGCUUCGCCUUCUGAAGACCAUUCCUUGCUGUAACCAGAACCCGGAACACAAGCGGAGGCUUCAGGAUCCAAUGUGUGCCUUCCUGCAUGACGGAGAGGAGAUGCUGUGCAAGGUGUGCUUUCACCUGCCCUGCCUUGGUGGAGAAGAGUGCCGAGCAGAAGGAGAGAUGCGGCCGGCCGUGGACUCCAACUCCCAGCACUUCAAAGAUCUAAUGAAGGCAGGCCACAUCGAAUGGAGCUCUUCACGAUCUCGUUCGAAGAAGGAAUCGCAGCAUUCUCGACAGCUUCCCGCACGGUCGUCCGCUGCACCGGAGGUGAUCCCCAAGAAUGAGAAGAACAUGUCGCUCGCAGACAUGGAAGUUGCUAUUGCUCGGCCUGGCCACCUGGUGAUCAUGGACAAUCCCAGGGCACUACUUGGCGACGGCUCCCUGCGCAUGAACUACGCCAUGCUGAGGCAACAAGUGGGCGAGCCCCGCGGGUACUUCCAUGUCUUUGGGCAAUUCCCACCGGAUGUCCAGCUCAGGCUGAAAAACGCAGGCGUGGGCUUUGACAAUAUCAGCAACCCAUCAGGGCACCGCAAAGAGGUGGCCUUUCGCAUGGGAGCUCUACUCACUUGGAUACUAGCUCGACACCGAGCGGUCUGCAGGGGCUUCCUGCCAUAUGAGAGCUUUGGCACUAACGAGUUGACCAUCGUUUGCCCGGACCAAGGGAUUCUUGACAUCGUCCGUUGGUUGUUGGAAGACGGGCAUGACGUGCAGCUCUUGGAUUGGCACAACAAGGUGCCUGAGUGCUUCAUGGAGCUUGGCCGGACCUUCACAUCCCCUGCAGCUUCGUCUACGCGCCUUCCGGAGGAGGCUGAGUUGGAGCAGACCACGGGCAAGGGCGUCUUGAAUAUCCAGUACCUGGACGACUUCGACAAUGAUCGCCUCAACAUCUGGUGGAACGAAAUGUUUGCCGACGAGCGCCGGGUGCGGGAGGCUUCUGUCAAUCUCACAAAGACUUGGGCCUUCCUUGAGGGCCGCGCUGAUCUCGUGAGGAUUGAGCAGGAGGCGAAAGCCUUCUGCCGGCAGAAGCGCUUGGAGCAUCAGACCGUCUUUGCCUACAGCACGAAGACAGACCAAACUGUCCUUUUGCUGACUCUCCUCGAAGAUGCUUCAGAGAGGCAACUCAAGGACUUCACCCAAGAAAUCCAGGAACACUUCCUGGGCGCGGGACUCUUGAAUGCCCAUGAAGUCCAGGAAGUCAUGAUGAAUUGGAUUGAUUUGGAUGGCUUGCUGCCGGAGCCAGGCCGUGCCCCAAGGGAGCUUCAGAAACCCAGCAUGGCAGAAGCGCACCGAGAAGCAAGGGUAGCGGGGAGGUGCUUGUGCAAAUUCUUUGACACCUGUGUCAAGGGCAGCAGGUGCACCUUCUAUCAUGUGGAGGCGGAAAGAGAGCUCUUCCGCAGGCACGUGCCGCUGGUCCUUCACAAAGUCUCAGAGUGCAAGCAGCAGAACGAGCACAACGCCCAGUACCACUGGCGCAGGUGCCCCUUCCUGCACAAGGAUGAGCCGGUUCUUUGCCGUGCUUGCCUGCACCAACCAUGCCUGGGCCCAGGAAGGUGUGAGACAGUGUGGCAGCACCGCGAGGUGCUGUAUCCAGGCAGCCAGCUUCAAAAACUCCUCGACGAAAAAGGUCUCAUCAAAGGGAAGUGA